CAUGCUCAUGUUUGAUUGGAAAUUUCAUUGCCUUAAGUCAGUGCUCUGGGGUAUCUGUCAAAGGAGGGAAGAAAGUUUGGAAUGGAUCAUUGCUUUGGAACAUAACUUUUUGGUAAACUUGCUAUUUUUGGGACGGUUUUUGGAAUUUGACGGAAAUGGGUUCUCGGAGGACAAUGAACCGUUCUCUGUCUGGCAAUGGAAGAUCCCUAAACGGGACAGAAGUGAGAGGGAGCAGUCGCCUCCCUGGGUGCAGCUAUCUCUCCAAUGUGAGGCCAGAAAACAGGAGCACUCUGUGCAGUGUGAUCGCACAAUUAACGGAAGAGACUCAGCCUUUCUUUGAAGUAACUCUGAAGUCCAGAGCUGUGUCUGAGAGCUGCAAUGUCAAGUUCACAUGUGUCAUUACAGGGUACCCUGCACCUCAAAUUACCUGGUAUAAGGAUGACAUUCAAUUAGACAGAUACUGUGGCUUACCAAAAUAUGAAAUAUUCCGCAAUGGUCAGAAUCAUUCCCUGCACAUAUACAACUGCACUGAGGAGGAUGCAGCAAUAUACCAGGCCUCUGCCAUUAACACUAAAGGCAUUGUGUCCUGCUCUGGGGUUCUUGAAGUGGGUGAAAUGAAUGAAUUUAAGAUCCACCAGCGCUACUUUUCCAAACUCAAACAAAAAGCUGAGAGCAAACGCAGGGAAGCUGAGGAAAAAGAAAACCAGGAACCAGCACGGACCAUCAGUCCAGAUCGAGCUCAGAGGAAACGUCGCUCCACUGUGGGGGGCUACAUCAGUGCCCCCAGCUCCACAGAGGAGGACACCAGCAAGGAAAGCCAGCAGGAAGCUGCUGCAGAGGUCAAGGCCCGAGUACAGGAGAGCAGUGUGGAGGAGGUCAAAGACACUAAUGGAACCAUGGAGUCCAUAGAGUCUCAUUUAAUUAAUGGUCAGGAUGCCAAAGAGAACACUCCUUUACCUGGGACACAUAUGAAUGACUCUGCUCAGAAAGCGAAAACCCCUUUUGUAAAGAAACUGAAAAUUUCCAGCACAGCUAAAGCUAAUCCUGAUGAGACAAAGGCUUGUGAAAAGGAGAAGAAACUCUCUUUGGCUGUUUCAGAGUUACCUGAAUCUCCAAAAAAGUCGAAGCAUUUGAUGGAUUCUAUGGAAGUGGCAAGUAGUCCUACUUCAGCCUCAGUGCUUCCCUCUUUUAAAUCUUUGAAAAGACGUGUGACAAGUAUUGGUGGCAAACAAGGCUUAAAUCAGGAAAAAGUUGAACGUAAAACAACUAAAGGAAAUGUAAAAGUACAGAGUGUAAGUCCCUCCAAUAGCCCCACUCCCAUGGUACCUCCCAGAGCUUCAAAACUCCAGUUGCCUCAGCCAACAAUAAAACAGGAUAACAGUACAACACCUAAGGUCAUGGACAGGGAUAAGAAGGCACAGGGUUUGUCCCCUGAUAUGACUCCUCACACAGACACAUCAUGUGACAGCGGGACUGCUCUUCCUCAGCCUCCAUGUCAGCAGGUCAGACAAGAGCCGCCCCAAAGGGAAACAAGACCUGACCAAAAAAGAGGGCGCAUGCCUGCCCCAGUGCAGAAGAGGGAGGCUACACAGGCCCAAGCAAAGACACAGAGGAAUGAGGCACCUGUUGACCUUGAGCUGAAGCCCAAGCUCCACACAACAGUGGCAGUGGAGACGCCCUCCUCAAAGCGGACAGAACUGGACAGGCGUGGUCCGUCUUUGCAGAGUGGUCUUCACAAGGCCGUGGACAACAGGAGCCAGGACACACAGGAUCAUUCCAAGGGAUCAGGUGAAAUCUGUGUGGGUUUUUUAGCAGACACACAGAGGCCACCACUCGAAAGCUCCAGUGCCGCUGAAAACAAGUCAAAGUGUAAUGUUCCUCCCACUGUAGAGCAAAGCCAACCUAAUAUGCCCAUAAAAACUGUUGAAGGGACUGAAAUACAGCUUCAUGAGAAGGUAAAAGGUAAGGAGACUAAUAUGAUAACAUCACUGUCGACCAGCGGGGCUCAAAGUGAAGAGGGUGAAAUGAACCCUGAAGAAAAGGCCAAAAAUAUUGAUGAACUGACAGCUGACUUAUCACAAGAAGAGAAAGAAUGUGAAAGUUCAGUAGAAUCUCUGCAAGUGUCAUCAAGGGGACAUAGUCGGUUGCAGUCAGAAGAAAAUACACAGAUUACAAAUAAAACAGAUAUGUUUUUGGAGUCAGAGCCAAAAGACUUCCAAAAAUGUCCAUCACCCAUUCCAAAUAUAAUAUCUAUUGCCGAACUCCUGAGGUCACAAAUAAAUGCUCUUGAGGAGUCAGUUUCCUCACGAAUAGCCGCAAUAGACAACAAAGAAAAUCCCAUUGGAGGGGAAGUGGGUAGCGAAAGCAACACUACCAAAAUAAACAAAGACACGCUGAUUGAUAAGGGCCCACCUCAAACCAUAAAGGAGACACUAAUGCAGAUUUACAAUGAGCUGAUCAAAACUAAGGAACUCUUUGUGGAUGAAGCUCCUGCUUUAUCAAACUGUACACAGCCACGUGAGUCUAUAGAAAUCCCUUCUUCAGUCACACAGGAAAAAACAAUAUACAGUGAGAUAAAUGAACACAAUGCAAACAACCACCUAUCUGAAACUGGGUUACAUCUGAAGGACAGAGGAGAGGAGCCUCUUAAUGAAGAAUCUGUGCAUGACACUGACACAAAGGCAGUGACCGAACAGACUCCUGAAAUUAAGCUGGACUCUAUUCCGGUUGUACAGGUUAGAGAAAUAUUUCCAGCAGCACUCACUUAUAAUAGCCAAGUGGAUGAACCUAAAUCAGACAUAAGUAGUUUGGAGCGUGUGCAAGACCUUCCUGUUCCAAGUGUUUUGGACAGUGUAGGUAUCUUACAAAAGAACAAUAAUCCCACUGAAGACAUUGAAACAGCAGUUACCUUGCCUCAUCUUAUUCCUGACAUUAGUCCUAUGUUGGAGAAAAAUGAUUGUGAUUCUAUUCCUUCUGCAACUCCACAAGAACUAGCAUCUGGAGCCAGACGCAAAAUCCCCACACAUAAAACCAAACUGGAGGAAAUGGAACCCCCAGUUGCCAACAAUGACUUCAAUACUGUAAGUGUUUCUACAUCCCCACGACUUUCUCGACACUCAGCACUGCUUCAACCCAAUGUAGAACCUGCGUCACCCAAGAAAAAACACUCCCCACUCCUGAGUAGAAAGAAGUCCCCUGUUGAGAUCCAAAGUCCACAAACCCAUGAGCUUCCAGAUGCCAAAUCUGAGGAGAACCUUGCAAAUAAGUCCAAGAAUGACCCAUACAGAGCCCCACAAGUCAUUCGAAAGAUCAGAGGGGAAACUUUUGCAGAUCACUCAGGAAACAUGAAACUGUGGUGCCAGUUCUUCAAUGUCCUCAGUGAAUCUACUGUUGCAUGGUAUAGAGAUGAACUGGAAGUAGCUAAAAUGUUAAAAAGUGCAGGGGAUGAAACACAGGUCCAUCUUGCUCUUGCUCAGGCCACAUCCCUCGACACAGGUGUUUAUGGAUGUACAAUUACAAAUGAGUAUGGGACAGAUUCAACAGACUUUCUGCUCAGUGCUGAGGUUUUGGGUGGAAUGGCUCUGCAAGAAGAUCUUGGUGUUGGAGAGGAAAUUGAACUAACACCUCUAAUGUUCAACAAAGGAGUGGCUGAUUCUUGUGUGUGGGGGAACAAAUUGUUUGGCCGCAUAAUGGUGCAAGAAAGUCGUCUCGGUGGAGGAUUUUCCCACAAAACCUGGAGGGCCAAAGUCAUUUAUGGUCUUGAACCUGUGUUUGAGUCUGGUAACUCAUGCAUAAUUAAAGUAUGCAGUCCCAUUGUAUAUGGAGGAAAAGGGGAAGGCCAGCUUAUAGAAAAGAAUCAAGAAGGUGUUAAACAGGCAUGUAAAAUUCAAAACCUUGUUCGAGAAUACUGCAAGAUCUUCUCCGCAGAGGCAAGAGCAUUAGAAAAUUUUGGCUCCUCUCUUGAAGUGAUUCCAGUUUACCUGAUGUAUCGACCAGCCAACAGCAUACCAUACGCCACAGUGGAGACUGAUCUGAAGGGGGUGUAUAGUAAAUACUGUGGGCUGGAUCACACAGGAAGGUUAGAUAUGAGGAGUGGAUCGGAGGUGGAACAGAAAUGUUCUGCACUGCUGCACUGGAUCUUUCAAUGGACCAGCGGAAACAUGCUUUUCACCAAGUUAGAAGGUGUUGACUUUAAGAUCACCAACGUUGGAAUUUCUGUCAAAUCUCACGGCCACCAAGGUCUCCCUCUUGAGGGAAAUCCAAAAGUAUUUGAGCAAUUUGUUAUCCAACAUCAGUGUAAUUACUUCUGUGGCUUGCUGGGUCUACGAUCAUUAAAGGUUAUUGAGUCACUAUUGAUGCCUACUAAACCUAAGGGCUCCAAAAGUCCAUUGGUUCAACGUAAAAUGGGCACUGGCUCUUCAAGCCCUCAAACUGGACGGAAGACAUCUGCUAGCCCCAGGAUACCUAAGAAGAUCCAUUAAGCUGGCCAAAGAACUUCUUCUGAACAAAAACCUGCAGAUGAAUCCAUGCCAAGAAUAAGCUGAGUAUUAGUCUUUCAAAGUGUGACAUCUCUAUGUAGGAACUGAUAGAAUAAUUGAAAGUGACAACACAACAUCUAUGGAAAUAUUUCUAACAAGCCAGUAAUCCUAGAUAUCAUCUUGCAUUUUGCUUUGUCAGAUAUCAUUCCUAUGCAUCAGCUCUUAAACAUGUUGGUUACAAAGCUGAUACGAAACGAUUAGCAGCAGUAGCAGCAGUCUAUCUGCAGUACGUACAGUUGCAGAGUUACAGAUAACAAAUCAUUUAAGUGUCUGCAAGGUAUUGAUAUUUGUUUGAUAUCUGUAUGUAUAUUUGAAAGUAAAAACAACACAUUACAUAAGUCUAUCUCAAGCCAAAUGUAGCAACAUCAGAUUUGUUUGUCCACUUGGUAAUAUGACAUUUUCAAGUGGAUCACUGGAUCAUGAUUAUGUGUUUGAAAGCACCUUUGAAUAAAUUUUUUUCAGAAUAAUUAUCUGGUACUGUGUUCAUCACAUGUCAGCUUAGAAGAGCAGACAUAUUUUGAUAUAAUUCCAGUGUGCCUUUACUAUUUAUUAGCAUAUUAUGGGAUGAAGCAGAUUAACUUGAACACAUGCCAUCUUUUUCACUCUCCAUUAGACUAUUCAUUUAUGCUUCUUGGUGAUUUCACUCAUUCUUCUGCAAUAUGUUUUACUGUUGCAUAUAGAUUACUACAGCCUAGAGUAAAACCUAAAGCCAGAAAGGAUUUUGUUGAGUCAAUGUCAUCGUCUGUUGAUUCUCUUUGUGGACUCUUAAACAAAUGAUGAACUGGUAACUGAAAAGUGAAAAUAUUGUUCUGAGUGCAGAGUGCACCCUGCCUAAGGCACACAGCAGAAUUAGACUACAUUCAUCUUCAAUCCCUAAAAGCAAAAACAACCCCUUCAUAUUCAUUAUCACUUAGUUUUCGCAUUUUUUUUUACAGAGGUCAGAGAAUGAAGUGUUGCCCGCGAUCAGUGUUUACAUUGUGAAAGGCUAAUUUCAUCAAGAUAAUCCUUUGUGAUUCCCCCUCAUUAUGACUCAUCUUUUAUGUAAUAUCUAGACUUUAAAGCUUUAACAAACAGAAGGCUUUGAGUUCACCCAUUGUCACCUUGUCUGUUCAAAUCUAAUUUUGCAACUGAAACAUGUAUUCAAUAACUGAAGUACAUUCAAUACACAACCUAUGUCAUUAAAAUAUUAGUAUUUCCAUCAUAUUAUUUUUGAAUGUGAUGGUUGAAUUAAUCUUUUGAGGAUCAUAUAUUAAAAAGGUUAUGUAUGCACUGUAAAGACUCCAGAGAGAGCAAAAUAGAGGCAGUCAUGAAACAUUUCUGCACUUCUGCCACCUACUGUCUCAGCCUAUAGGCAGUUUUCAGGUUGUUUCUGUGUGGGCAUAUAGGCACACAACUUUUAGGUAAUUUUUAGAUAACAAACUAUCAAUAAAGCAGUACAGCAUGGGAGCAAUUGCAAUUUACAAAAUGUACAUUAUCUUAAUUACCAAAUAUACUAUAUGUGUAAGGAAAAUUCUACUUUGAAUAUUGUUUGAUUGAAUGGAACAAUGACGCAUGUAUGAGCUAAGACUGAAAAUGGAGAGAAAUUAUGCACUGGCACAGCUCUUCUUUCUGUAGUGCAUAGCUCUGAUAGGAUGGCAUGAAAACCACAGAAUCAUGGCAAUAUUACCAGCAUUAAUGCUCCUGAUCAAAGUAAAUGAGUGAAUUCUCAGUCUCUCACUGUACAUUUGGAGUUGAUUAAUGAACUAUUCACAUUACUUAAAAAAAAAAAAAAAAAAAAAAAACAACUCCCCCUUAACAAGCUGCUGCUGCUGCAUUAUCCACUUCUAUUUGUGAAAUUGAGAUUUUGACUAUGGUUGUCAAAUGUAUUGACAUCUAGAUACUAGUUAAUAAUGAAAGCAGUAGAAACUAUAGAUAACGUACAUUUAAACAAGUAGAUCACAGGGUCACAAUUUGACAUUUCCUUAGUUGUGGAAACUAUUAUAGCCUAAUUUAAUUUUGUGUUUAAAAUUGCAUUGGAAUUUUGAAAUUUUUGAAUCUUGACAACAUAGCAGUGUUGGUAUCAUAUCUUAUUCUAGUAUUUUAAUUUACCAGAUCAGCUUCUUUUAUUGAUUUUAAACUUUCUCACUGACAGGGUCCCGCGUGUCCUUGUAAAUGGACAAAUGUCUCCUCCCUCCAUCUCUAACACUGGAUCUCCUCAGGGUUGUGUACUGUCGCCUCUCCUUUUUAUUCUGUACACGGACAGCUGCAGAUCCUCAGAGGAAUACAGAUUCCUCAUUAAAUUUUCGGAUGACACGGUCCUGGUGUCGCUACUUGCAGGAUCUGAGAUAAAUCAUGGCCCUGCGCUGGGGCAGUUUGUCCAGUGGUGUGAGGACAACUACCUGGAUUUGAAUGUUGCCAAAACUAAAGAUAUGGUUAUUGAUUUUAGACGUGCACCUUCUCAUAGUGUUAGUGUCAUACAUGGAGAUGUUGUUGAAAGUGUCGAUAAUUACAAGUAUUUAGGCACCGUGAUAGACAACAAAUUGAGGUUUGAUCUAAACACUGAAAGUAUUGUUAAACGAGGGCAGCAAAGAAUGUAUCUGUUGAGAAAACAACUCUUUCAAUGUAAACAGAAAUAUUCUCAACAACAUUUAUUGUUCUUUUAUCAAGAGUCUGCUCACUUUUUCUUUCAUUUGCUGGUUUCAGUCCCUGUCCUUCAAGGAUAACUACAAACUGCAGAACAUUGUUAAAACCUGCUCAAAAAUUACAAGGGUUAAGCAGAGGGAGCUGCAUUCUCUGUGGGAGGAGCGGGUGCUGAGCAAAGCCAAGUGUCUCCUGGCUCAGCCCCUCCAUCCUUUGGCUCCUGACUUUAUCAUGAUGCCUUCAGGGCGUCGCUUUUAUGCUCCGAUACGGAAAACAAGUCAUUUUUCAAAUUCUUUUGUGCCCUCAGCUAUUAAAUUGCUAAAUUCUAAGGGUAGUGUUUUUUGAAGUUUUGCACUGUUUUUAUGUAUAUUGUUCUUAUAUUGUGCUUUGAGUUCCACUGUGGACUGUAAUGGACUGACACACUGUGUGUUUGCGUGUAGGUUAGAGUGAGAACUGCUCUGAGAAUGCUGCAAAUGAAUUGCCCUCUGGGAUCAAUAAAGUUUUCUG